AUGCCCUUUGGGAGGCCGUUGAUGCCACGGGGUAGGCCCAGGUACACCAAGAGCACGACAGCUCCGGGGUUGGCCAAAACCGCUCGUUCACAUACGCUAGGUGGUAGCGUAAUUGUAGUCGCAUUCCGUUUGUUGCGACUAGUCUUGAACGUCGACUCCAUGUCUAACUUACGUGGGCACAAGAGCCGUUUAACAUCAGCGGUCGGUACUCUUUCAAAGACAAUUUCCUCUGUCGAUUUAACUUAUUUAACUUCCUUAGAUACUUCAACGGCACCAGAGAUCCAGCUCCGAGAGAUCAUCCGUCGCAGAGCAACAAUUACUGGCAAAAAGUUUGCCAUCCAACGUGCGUUGGAAGUCGUGAAAGAGCGCUACAAUGCUCUCAUGCUUUUUGUGCAAAGUCGGGAAGAUAGCUCUUCGCUAAGCGAAGAAAUCGAUCAGUUUUGGAGCCAACUUUAUGGCGAAAAGUUUGAGCAAGACGCGACAGAAACAAUACUGGCGCUCGACACCCAACUCACCAUAGACGAAGCGUUAGAAACAUCACUUCGAUCACAGAUUACAGAAAAUAUCACGCACGCCGCAGCAACUCUUGCUAUUUCAGAUUCUCCUGGUCGCCUCAAUUCGUCUAGCGACCCCCCGUCGGAAUCUAACAGGGAAAAUCCGCAUCAGCUAUCGUUUAACUACUCCACCCCUCAUCAGUCGGUUCCCCUCGUGCAGCCUAUUCAACUCCGCAGGUUGGAAUUGCCGACGUUUGAUGGAGACGUCACACAGUUUCAUGAUUUUUGGUGCCGCUUUAAAGCUGCAGUGCAUGACAAUGACUCGCUCUCUCUUGCAACCAAGUUUAUUUACUUGACCAACUCUCUCAGAGGACCUGCUGCGCUCAUCAUACAAGGGUAUGACCCUUCAAAGUCGGAAAACUAUCACCUUGCGGUUCAAACUCUCAAAAAACGUUAUGAUCGCCCGCAGUUUACUCAUAAUCUAUUUCAUCACAAAUUAGAACAACUUCCUACUUCUUCAAUUUCAGCUUCUUCACAGCGAGACACCCUUUCGCACAUCCAAUCUUAUGUUUUACAACUUAAUCGCUUUGAGGAUACAACAACGUCAUUGUCUCUCAUGAAACUCAUCAGGAAGAAAUUUCCACGUGACACGCAAAUGGAGGUUAAUAAACUUGAGCACAGAUCAGGCAAGAUUUGGACGCUCCCAGAGCUUCUGGAUGGCUUCAAUGAAGUCAUCGAGGAACUUGAACAGCUGGAAGAUCAUCAGGCGUCCAUCCUCAAUCCUAAGACAAGAAAACAACGCCCUGUCGUUAUUCUGCUAGACACUGGAGCACAAACCAGCUUUAUCAGUAAAGCAGCAGUCGAAGAACAUCAGCUUGACGUGUUUGAGCAAGAUCUACUUACCACAUAUUCGUUUGGAGCUGUGAGCACAACAGAACACUCUGGCAAGUCCUACAUCACUUUAAUUGAUCGACACAAUCAGCCGAUAUCGCUUGUGCUGCACACCAAAGAUAGGCUUACUAUUCCAUCUCCACCAACUCGUUUAACGGAAGAAGAUCGAGAAAUCCUUCGUUUACUCAAUGUGUCGCUGCAGUCGCUUACAGCCGUUCGUCCGGUCCCCGCCUGA